AUGGUUACCAUCGAUGAGUUACCCCAAGAGAUUGUCGACAAAAUACUAGUGUUGUUGUCGUUCAACGACCGACUACUAGCCAGUCGUGUGUGCCGUCGAUGGCAUUCACUGGUCUUCAAUACCGCUGCCGUCUCAUCUGCCGUCCGAUUCUGUAUCCGUUACAAGACGUCCAAUAAUAAUGAAGAAGACAACCAAAAGACAAUUUACGAAAGCAAACAACUCUAUUGGAAAGCAAUGGAUGUAUUGGCCAAUAGUUUUGCCGACUUUUCCGACAUACUCAUCGAAUCGGUUAAUCUGGACUCUGACGAUACAAUAGUUGCCGAUCGAUGGCAACGAGUGGCCACUAGUGUCCAGUGUUUGCAUCUGAUUGAUUGUACAACAACUGACUAUCACUUGUUGGCCAUAUUGUCACAGUUGCCAUCGCUAGUGGAGUUGCAUCUCAAUAAUAACUACUAUCUGAUCAAACAAAGCCAACAAACGGCUACAAUCGGCAAAUGGUCGUCAAUUGAUAGAAGCGAUUGUUUGCGUCGACUUCGACGGCUGGAUAUGUCGGGCAAUAAAUCGUUUAAGUUAUGCGAUGCCUUGUUUGUGGCCAUUGUCCAACAUUGUCGCGACGGUAGCUUACGAUCGGUAAAUGUGGCCAACUGUAAGCUAGUAUUUCAUUUUCAUAUCAUACGCCGGUACUACGGUAGCGACUGUUGCGAUCACUGGUCACAGGCCACACACUAUGCCUUUACGUUUGCCGUAAUCAAAGAGUUUUGUCUGAAAUUUGGCCAACAAAUCGAGUCAAUGGAUUUUAGCGGAACCGACAUAUGUUAUCAACAUUUACUGGAACUGUUAGACUUGCAAUCAUUGGCAACUAAUUUAAGACAAUUUAUUAUUAAAGAUUGUCGACAACUACUGACAAAUGGUGAUAAUUUGACAGAAAUUGUACGCUUGAAACCAAUGAUUAAAUUUAUUUAUUAA